AGAACCCUCCAAAAACAUAUUAACCUCUUUUCGACGUGUUCUGCGUGUCGUCGGCGUUGCGUUCCCAAGCAUUUCCACCGAGUAUAUAAAAAUAGUAUACCCAAUCUUUCAAGUGCCGCUUGGUCCACUAUUUUCCCCUCCAGUGGCCACAUGCUUGGAGAUCCUCCAUGCCACCCACAUGCCACUGUCCACACAAUACACCGUACAUUAUUGUUCAAUCAAGGUGGCCGUGGGUAAGUGUGUAGUGGGCAAUAAAAAUACCGCGGCUGCUGUUGCGCCCGUCCUAUUCCUGAAUAUGUCCAUAACCCUAAUAGGCUCUCCUGGUUUGUUGGAUUCAAGACACCAACCCAGGCUUAUGCACCAACAACUGAAGGGGGCCGUUGCACCGGCCACACUUGUCUACAUUCUUCUCCCCCAAGAGCAUCUUGGGCAGCAUCAAGUUAGCUUUGCUCAGAGCUCGGCGAAUCCCAUUUUACCUCAAGAAGGCAAUAAUAAUGCAACGAUUGGGGUGAGACAAGAUUGGAGUGAUCGUCCAGCAAUCUGGAAGCCCAUACAUCCGUAAUCAUAUCUGGUAGUUAACGUACACCUGGCGCCCUUUUUCCAGUAUUAUCGCACCAAAUACCAAUAUGUACCAAUAUCUCCAUCUCGGAAGCGCGCUAAUAACUCAUCAUGAGACAUUUCCAUAGAGAAACGAAUUAUGCUUUCUUCUUGCCAAUGCACACACG